UAAGAAAUAUAUCCGUAGUGUGUAAGUGUGUUAGUGUUGUUAUGUGUUUACUCUGCUCGUCCGAACGCUAGUGAUUAUUUUUUUUUUUCGAAUUUUCCCUGUUUUUGGCGAGUUUACGUAUGUGCCGGUAUAAUGGGUAGAUACAGUAGCAGCGAAGAUGAAAACUCGAGCCCAGACAGGCGAGAGAGGAGCAGUCACAAAUCUGACAAGAAGAGAAGAGGUUCACAUCAAGGACGAUACAGGAGCAGAUCGCGCUCACGCACAAGAAAUCACCGGUCAAGGUCACAGGAUAAGCACUCUAAGCCCAAAGCCUAUGCAAGAAAGAGUCGGUCCAGGUCACGUGAUCGAUGGCAGAAAUCAAAGUCAAGGUCACCCACUAAAAAUGAAACGUCUAAAGCUUAUUACAAGAAUUUCAGGUCAGGAUCACGGGACAAGAAUCAGAGGUCAAGAUCGAGAGACAGGAAACAGAGAUCAAGGUCGCGUGACAGGGGCCGUAGGUCUAGCUCAAGAGAUCGAGGAAGAAAAUCCAAGUCAAGAGACAGGGAUAUAAGGUCAAGGGAGAUGGAUAGAAGUAAGAAAAUGGAACAAAGAUUAAGAAGAAUCGCAGAAAAAAGGGCCAAAAUGUCUGAGACUAAACAGAGAAUUAGAGACAUUUAUAACAGAAAGGAAAGUUCAGCCGACAGAGAACUUAGGGACAGAGAAAGGGCAAGGACACCAGAAAAACAUCAAUCAAAGUCCAGUCAAAAUCACUCAGAUGAGAGACAGAGGUCAAGAUCACAUGAAAGGGAGAUACCUCGAAAAAAACAGCCAUCUCCUCUAGAUUCACGGAGGAAUCGAGACAACUCCCCACCAACACCUGAUGGAAGAUGGGGUCAUAACAAAUUCUUUGAACAACAGAGAGCUCUUGAUGCACCAUUCCAGAGGGAUAGAGAGAGGGGUGGAGGCAGUUCCAGAGAUAUGAGUGGCAUGAGGGAUAGUAGCAGAAAUGGAGGAUACAGAGAUAGAGGUGGUGGAGGAUUUAGCCGUCAUAAUGGGUUAGGCGACCAGACUGAUGACUAUUUUGGACGUCGUAGAGUAGAAAGAGAGCAGAUAUCAAUAGAAGGUAUUUCUGAAGUUUGGGCAGCAUCUCCAGUUAACCCUCCAGAUGAUUCAGAUGAACUGAACACGCUGCCAAAAAGAAGGUCUCCUCCAGUUCCUCUUCCAGUUCUGACUCGGAAUCAGAUUCUGAGUUGACAUGGAUUGAGAAAAAGACUUUGUCCAAGAAGGACUAUGGCAAGGCACUCUUACCAGGUGAAGGUGCAGCUAUGGCAGCAUAUGUGGCAGAAGGCAAGCGUAUACCCCGUCGUGGUGAAAUUGGCUUGACCUCAGAUGAGAUAAAGGAGUUUGAGGAAGUGGGCUAUGUCAUGAGUGGAAGCAGGCACCGUCGCAUGGAGGCUGUGCGUCUGCGAAAGGAAAACCAGAUCUACUCAGCAGAUGAGAAGCGAGCCCUAGCCAUGUUCAGCAAGGAGGAGCGUCAGAAGAGGGAGAACAAGAUUCUGACCCAGUUCAGAGACAUAGUACACAACAGGCUCAAUAAGAAGUAAAAGCCUCUUUACCCGGGGCAUUAUUUUCAGCUUGUGUUGGAAUGGAGAGAGAAGGACUGCUGAGCUGUUCUCAUUUUUUCUGUACAAUGCUAUUAGGAAUUUUUAUAGAGAAGAAGAGAUUAAGGAUUAUUUUUUUGUAUAAAACUUGGGAUUUAAGAGUUUGGCCUUUCUUAAUGCUUAGAAUUUACUAUAAAUUUAUAAUGAAUUAGAUUGAACAUUUCAUAAAUGACUACCACUUUCAUUUUACUUUCUGAAAAUCUGGUUAUAUUCUGUAUAGUAUAAACAGUAAAGCAAGUUAAUGAGAAAGGUUCACUUUGAUGUAUAUAUAUUUAGGUUAUAAAGAAUUCAUUGUACGUAGGAUUUGAUAUUGGCCUGCUGAUUAUAUUUUGAAUGAAAACUUGUAUGCAUUCUCAUUUAACAAGUAUCAUUUUUAUUUAUUAAUUUCCAUACUCAUGUUCUAGAGACUGUCAUUUGUUGAUAAAUCUUAUAGAUGUCUCUUUCUUUUUUAAAUAUUCUUUUAUAAGAAAAUAAAGAAUGCUGAGACACCUGAUUUCAGCAAAAUGAAUCAUUUAU